AUGUUUGUUGCACUGCUGUGCGCAGUGUUAGCAACCCAACAGAUCGCCGCCGUGGUCAACAGCGGGGCGGCUAGCACUGAUACCGAAACAGACACUGCUAGUAGUGGUAGUAAAUCUAGUGAGACUAGUGGUAGUAGCACGAAUGUUGCUGAUUCCAUAGCGGCCAGCUCAGAAGGAGAAGCAAAUCGGCGUGAGGCGCCAAUUGUACCCCACGAGGUGUAUGGCCCACCGCAGGAUUCAUUCAGUGCGCCGCAGGAUUCUUAUGGGCCGCCUCCGGAUACCUAUGUGCCAUCAGCUCCGAGUAAUCCUGGUCUGCCAGUGCCUGUUUAUGGAGUUCCUGAUGGACCUGCUAGUAAUACGGUGUAUCCCGCUCCACCUGCUGAUAUCCCGCCAUCUUUGCCUAGUUUUGGACCACCGAAGAAUUUCUAUGGUCCACCGAAGGAAUUUUAUGGACCUCCAAAGCCAGAAUAUGGACCUCCAAAGGCAGAAUAUGGUCCUCCGAAUAUUAAUUUUGGUCCUCCGAAACCAGUUUAUGGUCCACCACCAACCAAGUAUGGUCCACCUCCGCCAGUGAGCUUCCCAAAGCUUCCAAAACCUAAUAUUCCUGGUCCGUUCUUCAAACCCAAACCUUUUUACGGCCCACCUCCUAAAACUCAGUAUGGCCCACCGUCAAAACCAUUCUUCAAACCUAAACCUAUUUAUGGACCACCAAAGCUUCAAUAUGGACCACCUAAACCUGUCUAUGGCCCACCAAAACCAGUUUAUGGACCUCCACCUAAACAAUACGGACCACCACCAUCUCCGUCUUAUGGCCCUCCACAAAAACAAUAUGGACCACCACCACCAUCGUAUGGACCUCCAAAACACCACGGACCACCGACUUCACAAUACGGACCUCCUGAUCCAGUCCCACAUGGUCCUCCGCAUCCAGGCGUUGGAGCACCACCAACACCCCCAGAUAUUAAAUACGACGGUUGGCAACCAAUGCCUGGUUUGGUUUCGCGUCCACCAUCCGACUCAUAUGGAGUACCUCAUGCUGAGCAACACAGUGUAGGAGACUUACAAUUCAACAACGAUUUUGUGCCACCUCCAGCAAUUGGUAAAGGAAUAUCUUCCUUGAGUUUGGGAUCAUCGUACGGAAGUUCUGCCGGUAUUAGUGACUCGUACGGUGCUCCGUUGAAUACCGUCACUGGCACGGGUAACAUCAUCAGCACAUCUGGUGACGCGCAUAUUCACAAUCAGGAUCAAAGUGCUAUUUCACUGGGUUUAUCAGCCGCUGGUAUCGGGGGCGGGCAUAAUGGACAAUUAUCUGUUGUAAAGAGCAUUGGAUACGAAAUAUUCCCCAACGGUGGAGGUGGAGGAGGCCAUGGUCAUGGACACAGUUCUAGUCAUGGAUCUAGCAAUAGUCUGAGCUUUCUAGAUGAUUCCUACGGUGCCCCACCAGUAAACUCAUUUUCUUCAUCUGGACCUUACCCAGCGUCACAUUCUCACAAACAUCACGGUCAUGGAUCAUUCCAUGGUGGUAGUUUCGGAAAAGGUUUAUCAUUCUCAUCAUCUGGUAUUGGAUUAAUUCCACCAAGUGGUUUAUAUGGAGUACCACCAAGCGGUCAAUAUGGAACUCCUUUGUUACAUAAAGGACCACCGAAACAUCCCGUGCAUUUCCGGGAACCAGUCCCACAAGGUUUGAUCCAAUCAAUUGGAAACCAUGUGGCUCAUAAUGAUGCUGCUGGUAUUAUUGAACCACCUGGUAACUUCAACGGACCACAAUAUAUUCCACCACCAAUUGGUGAUUUGAAAGACGAGCCAAAACCACCAUCUGGUUUGUUCUCCCUGCCGACGUCUCAUAGCUCUAUUCAAUUCCAAACUGGUGGAUUCCAACAAAGUUCUUCAUUUGGUGGAGCACAAGCUGCUGCUUUGACUAGUUACAAUGCCCCAUUGGGUAACAUUGACAGCAGUUAUGGAGUACCAGCUCAAAAUGGACAUAUUGACUUAACCCAUCUUGGCAGCAGCUCAUUCCAAACCAACAUUCCACAUGACUGCAGCGCACAUAAAUUCACAACUCUACCACAACUUUCCUAUGGAGUACCUUCAGCAAACAGCUACACAGCUUCCUUAUCUUCUUUGACGACCAACAUUGGUGGUAACGCACCUUCAGCUCCAACAACAUCAUAUGGAACUCCUGAUUUACAAACUGCUUAUACUGUUUCCAAGGGAUCUUCCGUAAAUUCAGUUCAAGCGGAUACCCAAGCAGACACUCAUAGCAAAUCAGUAGCUGAAGGUUUCGCACCAGGAAGUGAAUUGAUCAAAUCACAAAGCAUUGACUUUAACAAUAUCCCACUACAAGGUGCACUUGGAUCCUACACCCUUCAGAUCCAAGCCGCUGAUGGAGCAGCUGGAACCGGAAGUUCCUCAGUGCAAGUGCCCCAUGAUCAAGUCCUGAACGAUGCUCUUCAAUCCAUCCUAGCAGCAAUUGAACAACCUCAGCAAAAGAAUGGUAAUGGAAAUUCUAAUACCCAAAUUGUAAGCCAACCUUUAUUAACCACUGGAGCUGAUCAACAACAAACCCAAGUGCAACUCAGUGAUGAUUUGCAACUACCCUCCGAAGCUAUCACCUCUCAAUUCAACAAACAAUUUGAUGAUGAAGGUCAACACUCCCUUCGUGAACAGGUGGUAGUGAUAGCUCCCCAGACAAGUGAAGAACCUUCUUCCCCAUCAACAGAAAAACCUAAAAUCGAAGGUCAAGAUGAAGAAGAUGCUUCCGUACAACUCAUAGAUGAUAAUGAAAUCGCGUUGUACUUCAACAACAAUGCCGACACUUCAAAAACACAACAAAAUGAUCAAACCAACAAAGAAGAAACGCAAACUACAGACGUAAAGGAAGAAGCAGUUCGAUCCGGUAAAAGCGGAAGCUAUGUCUCCUUCCAAGCUCCCUCAGCGAGCUACUCCUUCGGCGAACUGAAAUCAGAAACGUCCGCGACGAACUGAAUGUGCUCAAAAAGACUUUUGUUUUGUUUUCGUUUACGAUUCCGGAGUGCUGCGCCAUAAUCGCCUCGUUGAAGCACUCCACGUGUGUGUGCGUGUCGCGCGCAGCCGCAGAGACAACUAUAAUGUCAUGCGUUUACUUAGUAAUAAGAUAAUUUAUUGUACUUAACUUUUUUUACAGCCAACAAUUGAAAUAAUUUAUAAACGAAUGCUCUAAAUGUAAUAAUAACAGAAACCUCUUGUAUGUACAAAAAUAACAUCUUAAGAAAAAAAAGAACACAAAUCUAUUAUUUUGUUUCGUUUGUGUGUGUUUUGACCAAAUUUGUUCCAGCAAAUCAUUAUUUUGUUAAUUUGUGCAAUUUGUAAACGUCGAA